AUGAAAGGUAUGGUAGAAAAAACUUUAGAAAGUUUAUCAGCUGUAAGCCAACAGGAUGCAAGAUUCAACGGAAGUCAGAAUUUGGUUAUAUGCUCGAUUCUUUCGUUGCCCUCGACAUUGGCUGAACCAUUAAAGGAAUUGGAAAAACCGGAUGAACUUAAAAUCGGUGAAUUAGUUAAUACAGAAGAUCAAGAAGAAGUGGAAGAGAGUGAAGAAUAUGAAGAACUGUGUACGCCUGUAAUUGUUGAAAGUGCUGUUAAAUCAUUGUCUGAUCUUGCCAAAGACGUUAUCAUUGCAGAUUUUAUCAGAAUUGUAGGGAUGAAAUCUUUGUUCGAUAGUUUGAAAGAAGCCGAUCGAGAAAUGAUUUUAUCGAAUAUUGAAGAACUUCCAUUGAAGUUGUCUUUACAGCUAAUUUCAGAUGACAUUUAUUGGAAACGUUGCUGUUUAAACAUUUGUGCAGUAGACGAUAAAUUUCAGUAUAAAUUACCUUGGAAAAAUAUAUAUGUAGAACAUUAUAUAAAAGAAAAGAUCCAAAAUUUUGAUCCGUUAAAGGAUAGUUACGAUGAACUUUCAGAUUAUUUGAAAUUGUGCUCUGAUUUUAUGAAGAGUCUUAAAAUAUCACAACUUAAAUCAAUAGAAAAAGAUUUAACAAUAACGAAUAUAGAAAACUUUGAUGAUGACAUUAUUGAGGAAAGACUGAAUUGGAGUAUUUUAGCACCAUACAUGCCAAAUUUACAAGAAUUGGAGAUUUCGUAUGAUAUGAAGAGUUCCAGCAGUAAAUACGACAUGCAUAUACUUAAAACUGUUAGUAGCGAUUGUAUGUGUUUGGGACAAUGCCUAAAAACAUUAACUUCUUUAAAAAUUCUCUGUUUGAAAGACUGUAACUUGGAUGACGAUAACGUUCUGUAUUUAGUAUCACAGUUAAUCAAUCAUAAGUGUUUACAGUCGUUAGACUUAAGACAUAAUUACGUAAAUAAUGAGAGUUGCCAGGCUCUAGCUCGUCUUCUCUUAUCAGACUGUCCUAUUAAUAAAUUAAUUUUAGUUAAUAAUCGUAUAGGAAGCGAAGGCGCGAAGUAUCUGUCCACUGGACUUAGACGUAACAAUAAGCUACAGCAUCUCAAUCUGACUUUAAAUAAGAUAGAGGAUGAUGGAGGAGUUAGCUUAUGCAAAGCUCUUGUUAAUAAUUCGACUUUGAAGAGACUAAGUGUCGCUGGAAAUAGACUAAAUCAAAGAGCAGGAGAAGCAUUUGCUUACAUUGUUAAAACUACAUCAUCAUUAACACAUUUGGAUUUAUCUGCUAAUGAUUUAGGAAUCGAAGUCGGAUUUCGGAUGGAGAAAGCUAUUAAAUUAAAUAAGAAUCUCAGAGUUCUCGACGUAAGACUUUGCGGAUUCAAUAUGAAAACGGAGAAUAUAAUUAAGGAUAUAAUGUUGGAAAGAAUGGAAGACUGUGACGGAUUUGUCAUUUUAUAAAAAUGUUUCCUUACUCGUCUUUAAAAUAAAACAUGUUAUAAAUUAAUUUUACAAAGUGUUU